AUGUGUCUGUUUAAUGGAAGAACCGCCAAAAAUCAUGCGUAAGUAAGGUAAUAUGUUUUUAAAGCUGUUUUGCGUUUAGAAUUAUCUUUGGAGUGUUCCACAAGUUAGGAACAUGGAUGAAUAUAGAGUACGAGAUAGAGAAUGAAGAGUUAUUGGAAUCGGAAGAACCCUAUGUUCUCAUAGCCAACCAUCAGGCAGCUAUUGACGUGUUCAGUAAGUUUUUUAUUGAUAGCGUUGUGUUAACGUUAAUUAAUUGUAUUUUACAUAACAUUCCUUAUAAAUAAAGUCAAAUUUCAAUUAUUUAUUUAAGCGAUGACACAUAUUUGGCCGGAGAACUGUGUGGUUAUGUUGAAGAACAGCUUGAAGUACGUUCCAUUUUUCAACUUUUGCGCUUGGCUGUCUGGUGCCAUCUUUGUCGACAGGUUCAGCAAAGAUAAGGCCCAUCAGACGAUAGAUACUUCUCGGAAAGAAAUCAAAGAAUACAAAAAGAAAAUAUUCAUCUACCCAGAAGGGACGAGGAACAACAAGGAAGAGCUGCUGCCAUUUAAGAAAGGAGCUUUCAUUAUUGCUCAUGGAGUUAAUGUAAGUGGCAAAAGUAUUAUUGUUGUGAUCUCUGAAUUCCUAAGCUACGCAACCUUAUUUAUAAAACGUUAUCACUUCUGGACACGUGAAGUGGUUGUUUACCCUUUUAUUUCCAGGUUCCAAUCAUUCCAUGUGUUUUUUCGUCAUAUAAACCUUUUUAUGAUUACGAUAAGAAGAUUUGGUUGGGUAGCGGAAAAGUUCACAUUAAAAUCAUGCCCAAGAUUUACCCUGAAGGCAAGGAUGUGAACACUUUAACCGAAGAAUGUCGAAAUUUGAUGCAGAAGACGUACAGAGAGCUGAGUGGAUUCAACAUGAAAGAAUAA